AUGAGCCCACCUAGCUAUGCAUAUCCUGUGUCACCUUAUGCUAACUUGACAAGACUCAAAGUUCUGGAGGUGUCGCCCAACAGCCGUGUGUUCAUCAUGGGCGAUGUGCAUGGCUGCCUGAAAGAAAUGAAUGCCUUACUUAGUCAAGUGCAGUUUGAAGCAGCCAAGGAUGUCUUGAUCUUGACAGGUGAUUUGGUGGCUCGAGGAGAAGAUCCUGUCGGUGUCAUUCGUCGUGCUCAAGAGAUAGGCGCUUAUUGUGUCCGUGGUAAUCAUGAUGACAAGGCCAUUCGUACAAAACUCUAUCUUGAUCAACAUGGACUAGAAGCCAUGUCGGACGCAAAUGAAUUGAUUCCUGAAGGUAGUGUGGCUGAUCCAUUGAAAUUCGGCAAUAGACAUCUAGACGUCGCCAAGGCACUUGGUCCUCAAGAAUUUGAUUAUUUAAUGGGAUGUCCCUUGAUCCUGGAUAUUCCUAACUUAAAUGCACGCGUGGUGCAUGGUGGUUUAGAUCCGGCUAUUCCAAACUUGGUAGACAAUGAUCCUUGGUCUGUUAUGAACAUGCGAAGUAUCAUGCAAGAAAACAAUCAACCAAGCAAGAAGAAGAUGAAGGAACUCAAGAACACGGAUGCUAAGCAUUGGGCAGAAGUCUAUAGAGCGAGUCCAUUAGCACAUAAUAAUGCCACUGUUUAUUAUGGACAUGAUGCUUCUCUUGGUGUCCAGGUGCAUGGCAAGACAGUUGGAUUAGACAGUGGUUGUGUCUAUGGAAGAAAAUUGACUACGAUGGAAGUACAUUCACAAAAACUAUUUCAGGUGGACUGUGAAGCAAGAAAAAAGGACGAAGAGGAUUAA